UGGGAGUCAGUUCAUUCAAACCAUUUCACUCUUCACUUUGACUCAAGCAAACAUGGAGCUAAGAACUCAUGCUUAAUUGCCUCAAGCAUCUGGCCGUCUGAAGAGGUUUUGGCUUACUACUGCCUCAAGCACAGUAAUAUAUUCAGGGACCUUGCUGUGUGUGAGCUAGGGGGUGGCAUGACAUGCUUGGCUGGGCUCAUGGUUGCUAUUUCUGCAGAUGUCAAAGAAGUUCUGUUAACUGAUGGGAAUGAAAAGGCCAUCAGAAAUGUGAGAGAUAUCAUCACAAGCAAUCAGAAGGAUGGUGUGUUUAAAGCUCGGAAAAUAUCAAGCUGCGUUUUACGAUGGGAUAAUGAGACAGAUGUCUCUCAACUGGAAGGACAUUUUGACAUUGUUAUGUGUGCUGACUGCUUGUUUCUGGACCAGUACAGAGCCAGUCUUGUUGAUGCAAUAAAGAGAUUACUCCAGCCCACGGGGAAAGCGAUGGUAUUUGCCCCACACCGAGGGAGUACUUUAAACCAGUUUUGCAAUCUAGCUGAAAAAGCUGGUUUCUCUAUCCAAAGACAUGAAAAUUACGAUGAACACAUUUCAAACUUCCACUCCAAGUUGAAAAAGGAAACCCCAGACAUAUAUGAAGAAAAUCUUCAUUACCCACUUCUGCUUAUUUUAACCAAGAAGAUGAAGCUUCUCAAAAAAUGAAGAAAAUAUCAAAUGUUCAGGGAAUAUUUUUCACAAAAACAGAAAUCUGUCCAGCUAUAAUGUACAACAGGCCGUUUGUUCGCUGAGAUUCCUGAGCUCCCAGGACUUCGGCUCCUACCCUCUUUUUGACAUUCUGCGUGUGGGUAGGGACCUUACCUGUCCUUCCACGCUCACAUGGCUCCUGAGCCAUUGUCACUGGGCUCCCUCACCUCCUCUUUUUACAAUCUGCUUGUUGUUCCCCUGUGCCAAACCUUUGUUUGUCUUCAAAUAUGUAUCAGCAGCCUGUCUGAGAUUUGAAUGUGACUUGUCACAACCUAAAUAUUUUUCCUUCUGAAACAUAGUUUCUUUUGGUGAUUCCCACCAAAAAAAAUUUGUUUAAAAAAAUGUUGGUCUUUGUUCUGUUUUGGUGAUGGUAGUUUUUUAAUCUGUAAACACAGCUAACAUCACGGUUCCUGGUUGAAAUAAUAAA